UUGUAUUAAGAAGCGGCCUGCGCUCAGUCUCAAACGCCGGCGUCGGCAGCGGCAGCAGCAGCUGGUUACGCUGCAUGCUUGGUUCGCCACCGCAGGACCGCAGGCGCAGAACGUCUCCACAUGUCAAGAUCCUUGUUACUCGGUGUCAGUGAGGUCGUGCGCAGGCACGCAGUGUUGAGAGAGUACAGCGUCUGCACUCUGUAUCUUGUGUUUCUGUGGGGGAGCACGUCCGGGCUGGCUUGCCGAUGCUGGAGACAGAUGAAGAGUGCAGUGUCGAGAAAGGUAUGGAGGUUUGUACCACGGAGGCGUUGCGUCGGGUGGAAUAAACUUGCUCAGGACGACCUUUCCGGAUUCCUGGAUGCCCGCUGGCUUCACCGCAGUGUGGUGUUUCAGACAGACUCACCUGCGGGCCUUUGUCAUGGCCGCCGAGUGCACUGGAGCAUAGCAGGCGGACAUGGGCGGGGCACGAGCACUUAUCAGCAUCCCUCCAUCAAUCUAUCUACGAAAAGCAACCAGAUGCUCGGCAUGCGCAAAACGCUCGUCUGACCAGGACCGCUGUCUCCCCGCGGGACGGUAGAGGCGGCGCGUGCAAGCGAGGCGCCGGGUGCCGCAGUGGGAGAAGGGAUCCGGACGGCGUAGCUGUCACGCCUUUUCUGUUUUCAUGUGCAGCAUCUGG